AGAACAUAGAAGGGGAAUUAGAAUCUGAGUAUUUUGUCAUCCAGGAUUCAAUUAGCACCGACACAAUUCAGACAGGAAUCUGCGAGCUGUAGGUUCCGUUUCUCGGGAACUUUAUAUGCAAAGCUGCAACAGGUUGAACGGAAUCAUUACCUUAAGAAAGUAUGGGCUAACUGAGUGAACCACUUUGACUGUUUGGAUGUCAUAGUGUUGUAGUAGACAGUGAAUUUGGUUAGUCAUGUGGCCUACAUAUCUGCUGUUUAACAAGAGGGAAGAUGAAGAAGCAUCAGUCGGCAAAAAGUCUGAUUUGAUAGAAUCUUAUCCAUGUGAACAGUCACUGAGAGAUGGCAAAUGCCAUCUUUCUGGCUUGCCAUGCUCGCACUUUGUUGAAGUCCCACACAUAAACCAGCUAUAUUCUUGGGAUUGUGGCCUCGCCUGUGUUCUGAUGGUAUUUAGGACUGUUGGCAUUGACAGCUGCGAUAUUCAGACAUUGGCAGAGUUAUGUUGCACAAAUAGGUUAAUGAGUUUGGAGAUUAGUGAUAGAAAGUUUGGAGCAUCCAUCUGGACUGUUGAUCUAGCAUACUUGUUGCAAAAGUUCUCUAUCAGUUUCUCAUACUACACGGUAACAUUUGGAGCAAACCCAAAAUAUUCUGGCGAGACAUUUUACAAGGAGCACUUACCUAAUGAUCUGGUGCGAGUUGAUACACUAUUUCAAAAGGCACUGGAAGCUGGAAUUAGGAUAAAGUGCAGGUCAGUCAGUCAAGAAGAAAUUUGUUUCUUGAUUCUGUGUGGAAAAUACAUUGCCAUAGUAUUGGUUGACCAAUAUAAAUUGAGCCCAUCUAGUCAUGACAAUGUUAUUAUCUCAGACCUUUGUGCAAGCAACUCUGAUUACACAGGUCAUUAUGUCAUCAUAUGUGGGUAUGACACUGCUACCGAUGAGUUUGAGAUUAGAGAUCCGGCCUGUUCAAGGAAACAUGAAAGGGUAUCGUCAACAUGCUUAGAAGAAGCACGUAAAUCCUUUGGUACUGAUGAAGACCUUCUCUUGAUCUCUUUGAGGAAGAGUAGGAAGCCAGAUAGCCCCUCAAUACAACACCCCCGGAAUGAUAAUAUUAAUUCCUGACUUGUAUUAUUGGUCCAGAAGCAAAGCAUAUAUCACAGGUUCUUCAUGUACAGCAUGUCUUGCAAAGCAAAACAUUAUCUGCAUUGUCUGUUGAUUAAAUAUCCCAAUAUGGACCAGCCUAUCUGAUGACGCUUGCACAGCCAUUAUUCAUACCAAUUACUUGUACACCUUGUAAGUUGUAUCAAUUUUAUUCCAUCUCCAGCAACAGAUUCUUAAAUAUCAAUAAAUUAAGAUCACAUGAUUUUUCCUGGU